UAUUAAUACAACCGCUCACCAGAUAAGUUGCGGCUCUACGUUCAGACAUUUUCUGAAGGGGGAAAAUUGCGUGCUAUUUUUCGGGAACGUUAUUCAGUUAUUGCACCAUUGUCCGGGCGGUUGUUUCGAUUGCGGAGUUGAAAAUUGUGCGGUAAAAUCGGUGUAUUGUUAUGACGUAGAAUAGGAGUAACACAUCGCUCCGCAGAUGUGGAAACUUAUUAAAUUUUUUCCAAAAAAUACAAACGCUUUGUGGUUCGUCGCGUAUUGAUCUCUCAGGGCGAUGUGGAGUCUUGUGUUAUGUUGGCACUGUACUAUUUUGUUUGUAAACUAAUACUCGCUACAAAGAUUAUUCUCAACCAAAUUACGAAUAACUGAUUGUGAGAAUGGAGAUCGUCGGGGAUUACGAAUACAAUACGAAAGACCUGAUCGGCCACGGCGCUUUUGCCGUUGUAUUCAAAGGCAGACAUCGCAAGAAACUUAAUUUCGUUGUCGCCAUCAAGAGCAUCACCAAAAAGAGUCUAGCCAAGUCGCAAAACCUCUUGGGGAAGGAGAUCAAAAUCCUAAAGGAGUUGACUGAGCUUCAUCAUGACAAUGUCGUUGCACUGCUGGAUUGUAAAGAGUCUAAUCACAAUGUCUUCCUGGUUAUGGAAUAUUGUAAUGGCGGUGACUUGGCAGAUUACCUGAGUGUAAAGGGCACAUUAUCUGAAGACACAAUUAGAGUGUUCUUGAAACAGCUUGCCGGUGCCAUGAAAGCUCUACAUGCUAAAGGCGUUGUUCACCGCGAUCUCAAACCUCAAAAUAUAUUGUUGAGUCAUUGCUGCGGGAAGGCUUGCCCUCAGCCCCAUCAGAUUACUCUGAAAAUUGCGGACUUUGGCUUUGCCAGAUUUUUGCAAGAUGGCGUAAUGGCUGCAACGCUGUGUGGUUCACCGAUGUACAUGGCACCUGAAGUUAUAAUGUCUCUACAGUAUGAUGCUAAGGCCGAUCUGUGGUCAUUAGGAACGAUUGUGUUCCAGUGUCUCACAGGCAAGGCUCCCUUCCAAGCCCACACGCCUCAGGCCCUGAAACUAUUUUACGAGAAGAACGCCAACCUGGGCCCAAAAAUUCCUGUUGGUACAUCACCAGAACUCUCAGACCUUUUGGUUGGCUUGUUACGACGUAAUGCCAGAGAUCGCAUGCCAUUCGACGAAUUCUUCAAUCACCCAUUCUUGCAAGGACCCAGGGAGAGUGUCAGCCCUCUACCGGUUGAGCUUCCCGCAUCUCCUGGAGGAUUAGCGACAGUUGAUACAGGACCUAGCAGUCCUAGAUCUGGUCCAGAGGCUCACAGCCCCUGUUCUAGUCCAGAUGACGAUUUUGUUCUAGUACCGAGCGAUCUCAGUAGCGAAACCGAAAAUAACAUGCCACAACCAAUCAAGUAUGUCAAACAGAACAGUCGCGAAGCUGUUAGUCCUCCUAGACCCAGUUUUCUUCCAAUAUCUGAACCAAUACCAGUACCAACCCAACGUAACAUAGUACAGCCGUCAUCGCCAUCGUCAAAUAGGUCAAGAGUCGAGGGUAGCAGUGUGCCUAGGUCACAGCCCAUAACAAUGAGACGCAGCAGCGAUACCCGCCAUAGCUAUGCUCCAGACAUCGGCUCGCUAAGCCCACCAAGCGUUCAGUUUGUGAUUGGAACUCCACCGGGUAGAAGACUAAGUGAAACGCCUCCACCUCCAAGUACGUGGCAGGUCAGUCCUGUUGCGAGACAUUCCUUUUCCCAUACAUCCAGUGGCAGCUCACCACUGCGACGUUCUUCAGGCAAUAACGGUGGAUCAUCGCCUCUGCUCACCGGGCCUUUGGCAGUUUUAGGAUCUCCAACUACCAGAGCUCUACACGACAACAACAAUACUCUGAGGCAUUCGCCUGUUAUCCCUUUUGGUACUCGUGCUGUUACUUUGCCUGAAAUAUCUGAAGCUGGCAGUUUUCAAAAUCUCUUCCCUGAAACUAACCAAUUCACCACAGACGACCGUCCACUGACCUUCCUUGCUCCCGAACUUCCGGAAGAAACACUUUUAGAAAGAGAACACAACGAGAUAUUAGCCAAAUUGAACUUUGUUGUCGCACUGUGCGAGUGUGUCUGUGAAGUGGCACGGAGUCGCGCAGGCCCCCUUGGAGCUCCCAUAGGUUCCCUGGAGCAGGCUAGUGGUGCCGUGACUCGACGACGAGCUGAGCAGGUUGUGCUUCUCGUCAGGGCGCUUCAGCUUCUCAGCUCAGGUUUGGGAUUGGCUACCCAACAGUUGAAAGCUGGCAGACUACAACCAACGGCGAGUGUAAAAGAAGUGGUCAGUGUAAUGAACGAUAAGUUCCGAUCGUGUCUUUCUGAAUGUAAACAACUCAACAGUGCUGGGCUAUUGAGGCAAGCUGGUGCAACUGCAGAUAAAAUCCUCUACAAUCAUGCUAUUCAAAUGUGUCAAUCUGCAGCGCUUGACGAGCUCUUUGGAAACCCAGCAGAAUGUUUCCAGAGGUAUCAUACUGCUCAAAUACUUCUGCAUUCUUUAUCACAACAUGUCAGUCAUAGCCAAGACAGGGCUCUUCUAACUAAAUAUAAGGAUGCUGUUGAGAAGAGAUUAUAUGUUCUACAACAGCAAGGUUACAUCUACGCGACGGAUCCAACGUAACAUAAAACUAUUUGGCCGCAAAAAUACAAAUUCCCGCCCAACUUGUAUUGUAUCCUGAAAUGUUGAUUUAAAAAAGAAAACUCAUCUGAGUAACAAAGCAAGACGACCUUCGCGUUGUCGUAGUUUCAUAUUACUUACCAUAAUUUGAAUUUAUCUUUGACAAUAUAUAUAUAUACGGUUUUUUUUUUGGGUAAUAUUGCUUAAUCAUUGUUGAACAUCGAUUAUAUGAUAUCUACGCAUACAUCCGUGCAAGUACACUUUAUGUGUUGGAAUAUCCAUCGAAUUCUAUAAUUGUUGGAUAAAGUUGGCGAUGUUAGAUUGCGUAAAUUCAAGAUAAUCGAAAACAAUGUAAAACUGGUAUAACAGACGAGUCAAAAUAUAAUGCAAAGCAUGAAUGGGCGAUUUGUUUUUAAUUUUAUAUUUACAAAUUGCUCGGUAAGUUUUAUGAUUUUCACAACUGCUUCACGUUAGACAUUUUCAUUUUAACAACCCUGUAUGACAGUUUUCCAAAUCUAAGGGUUGAAAUCACACUACUGGUGGCAUACAUUUUGUAUGUAUGCACGCAUUUACCUCUGAGUGGAGGUAUAAUAAUAGUACAUGCCUGUGUACGCGUGUUUAAUACAUGUAUUGCACUUUAUUCGUGGUUGCAGGAAAAUAUACUAACGUUUCUUUAAUAUCAAUUAAUAAACAGACGUGUACUGAACGGCCGUACGUGUCCUUGAUUAAACGUAAGUUUGAAAAAGAAUAGCGAGCAAUGAUCAGCAAAUAAAGGUUUUAGAGGUCCGUCAAAAAUUCAUACAUAGUUUAUUCGCCAAUAACAUACCGAUACCUGAUACCAUGUAUAGAAUUAGUAAAAUAUAAUAUUAAUAAACUUUUCUUUAUGAUUUGUUUCUGCUUAUCGGAUUGAUAUUCCUAUGU